AUGGCUGAGGAUCGGAGUGUCAGGAAACCAUAUCUGGGUGGGUAUACCAUUCUGCCAUCGGCCAGCCCAGAUCUUAGUGGAAAGACACCAUGGGACUUUCUGUCGAAAGUGGCAGCGCAGAAUCGUCGAAGUUGGCGUUCACCAGCGGAGUAUAUUAUGGGCAUCACCAUGAUGUCUGUCCUUUGUCUACCGCGUACUGAUAGUAGACAGUAUGCAGGUCGUCAACGCUCAAAUCAAUACAACUUGAACCCUUAA